CUGUCAAUCACAACCUGUCGUCACAGUUAGUUUUUUUUCGCUGCUGUUAAUUUAUUUAAUUUUCAUUUAUUUGUUUUUAUUUUGUUGGGCAAAUAAUUUACCAACACUGUUAAUAUGGCUCGUUACUUCAAGGAACAAGAUAUUGAUGAAUUCCGUGAAUGUUUCUAUUUGUUUGCUCGUUCGGGACAAAUAACCACUUUGGAUGAAUUAACCGUUAUCAUGAGAUCAUUGGGCUUAUCUCCUACCAUACAAGAGCUUAUAAGUUAUCUUAAAAAGAAAGGAGGUAAAAUGAGCUUUGCCGAUUUCUUGGAAAUUAUGCAUCAACAUUCAAAAGUUGAAAAUCUCCCGGAUGAGGUUAUCGGAGCCUUCAAAGCAGCAGAUACUCAAAAUACGGGACUUAUACCGGCGCGUCAAUUACGCACAUUACUUCAAACCUGGGGUGAAGGUUUAUCGGGAAGAGAGGUUGAUAAUAUUUUUCGUGAGGCAAAUGUUGGUAACAACAGCAUGGUACGUUAUGCUGAUUUUGUAAAAAUUGCAUGUGCACCCGUUCCAGAUUAUUACUAGAGGCACAAAAUGUAAUGUUCCAUACGAACAUUCCACACAUUAUUCUGCGGCAGUUAAUCAAAAGUAUUUAAAAAAUGUAACAGCUAAGGUUUAUUUUUCUUCUAUACAUUUUUAUAAUCAUUUUAUGAAAUUCCUUUAUUUAUUAUACAACCUAAAGAAAACAAAAAUAAAUAAUAUUUUCACUGACGUA